AUGACUUGUGGAUUCGGGUUCAGUAACAAGAGCAACCAGUAUACAGUUCUUACAAUGUUUGCUCGAAAACAGGAACUCUGUUGUUGCCCUAUUACAGGUAAAGAAAUCUUUUCUAGCCAGAUGGCUGAGGUACACGUACUUGGCACAAGUUCAUGGAGAUGCAUUGAUCAUGCUCCAUACUCUGGUAGGAAACUGAAAUUUAUGAUCUAUUUAAGUGGAUCUGUUUACUGGACUUGCGAUGAAUCAAAGAUGAUAUAUUCAUUUGACUUCAAGGAAGCGAAAUUUAGAGCUAUUGAGCCACCUCCAUCUGCUGACAUGUGGCCUGCUGGAUGGUAUAUGGUGACCUUGGGAAUGCUAGGAGGUAGAUUAAGUUUAUGUCGUACCAGUAUAGGUAGUGAUGAACUCCGGCUUUGGGUUUUGGGGAAAAAUGGUCUUACAGCUUGGACAGAAUUUAAGACCAUUCAUUUGGGUGGUGAUGAUAGUGCCUUCCUUUAUUCCGGGCUUGAAUUUGGACUGUGCAAGUAUUUCAGAAUUCAUCUUGCCAAAGCAAAAUUUGUGGCAGUUAACUACGUUCCUAGUUUUAUCUCCCUCAAGGAUGUUGUCCAGGGAGAUUGUGUUGAGAUAUUAAACAUCAAUUCAGAGUCCAAGAGUUUUGAACUGAUUGAAGUAUUGAUAAAAGCAGAGUGUGGAAGAGAAGAGAAAAAAACAGGUGUCGACUUGAGGAAGAUGGCUAUGAUUUGUGGCGGCAGAGGUGGAUCAGGUGGACGGCCCUUGGAGUCCGGCAUGUUUGCGCCAAGUAUAAACUCCCAAGGUUCUCCUGUAGUAACUAUCGAGCUAAGUUUGGAAGGCAACUCCUUUGAUGAUCUAACAAGUUUGAUACCACCAAGAAGCAGGAGGUUCGAAAAAGAUAUCUGA